CAUACAUGCAUGAGAGUUCAACUUGGCCGGGAUCAAUGCAUGCAUGAGAGUUCAACUUUCUCCCUUCUUAACAUGUUUUGGUAGAUAAGAUACUGCUACCCAUUGAAGCACAGCACAUAUGGCUUUUAGAGAGGCACAUGUUGGCUUGAAUCCCAGAGCUAUGGAGAUUGAUUCAGGAGAAAAGCGGCUAAACGAGCUUGGAUACAAGCAGGAACUCAGAAGAGAAAUGAGUUUAUUCAAGACAUUUGCGAUAACAUUUUCGACCAUGGCACUUUUCAUUGGAACUCCACUGUACGGAUCUAGCCUACUAUAUGCAGGCCCUGCAAGCAUGAUAUGGGGUUAUGUUGUGGUCACCUUCUUCACCUGGUUUGUAGGAUUUGCCAUGGCUGAGAUCUGCUCAUCUUUUCCAACUACUGGCUCCCUUUAUUUUUGGGCUGCACACUUAGCUGGACCCCGGUGGGGGCCAUUUGCAUCCUGGUGCUGCGCUUGGCUAGAAACUAUCGGUGUCGUUUCUGGAAUCGGCGCAUCGGCCUACUCUGGAGCACAGGGAUUGCAGAUAAUAAUUCUUUUGUCCACUGGGACAAACAAGGGUGGAGGCUACUUGGCAACAAGGAGCGUAUUUUUGUCUAUGUAUAUAAUCCUUACCUUAAUAUGGGCAGUGCUGAACUCCUUUGCUUUGCAAGUCAUUGCAUUCCUCAACAUGAUUUCUGUAUGGUGGCAGGUCAUUGGCGGAUUUGUUAUAAUAGUAGCCCUUCCCAUGAUAGCAAGCCCGACACAAUCAGCAUCAUACGUCUUUACUCAUUUCGAAACAUCUCCUGAGACAACAGGCAUACAUAGCAAACCUUAUGCAGUAAUAAUGUCAGUACUUCUAAGCCAAUUCUGUUUGUGUGGCUACGACACCGCGGCACAUCUCACUGAGGAAACCAAAGGCGCUGACAGAACUGGUCCCAUGGCCAUUCUUUGUAGCAUAGGAAUCAUUUCAGCAUUUGGAUGGGCAUAUAUCUUAGCCCUUACUUUUAGCAUUCAGGAUCCUGCAUAUUUAUAUGAUCCAAACAACGAAACAGCUGGUGCACUCGUUCCUGCACAGAUAAUUUAUGAUGCAUUUUAUGGAAGGUAUCACAGUGGUACUGGAGCCGUAAUUUUUCUCUGUAUCAUUUGGGGAACCUACUUCUUUGCAGGGCUCUCAGUCACUGCUAGUGCUGCUAGAGUAGUCUAUGCACUAUCCAGGGAUGGAGGAGUUCCAUUUUCAAAAGUCUGGAGAAAAAUACAUCCAAAACAGAAAGUUCCAAUAAAUGCAGUGUGGUUGUGCACAGCCAUUUCCAUUAUCAUAGGACUUCCCAUCUUGAAAUCCAAUGUAGUUUACACCGCUGUCAUUUCCAUUGGUACAAUUGGGUGGGUGGGAAGCUAUGCUGUCCCAAUUUUUGCAAGGCUGGUCAUGGAUGAGAAGGAUUUUAAACCAGGUCCCUUCUAUUUGGGAAGAGCAAGCAAGCCAAUUUGCUUGAUAGCUUUCUUAUACAUAUCUUAUACUUGUUCAGUCUUUCUAUUGCCAACUCUUUACCCUCUACAAUGGGAUACUUUCAACUAUGCUCCUAUAGCUAUUGCUGUAUCAUUGACACUGAUAAUGCUUUGGUGGGUGUUGGAUGCAAGGAAAUGGUUCAACGGACCAGUGAGGAAUAUUGAAUUCCAGAAUGGAGCCAUUUAA